AUGUAUCCGCAGUCUAUUGGCACCGAGUCCUUCCGUCUCGUCUCUGUUACCAUUGACUCCAAUCAGCAACCCUCUCUUACCCUCAACGAACAUGAGAUUUCCAGUCCUACCAGGCCGAAAUACUAUGCACUCUCUUACACAUGGAACCCCCCCAACAUGGGUGAUCCUGUAAACUAUGCAGACACAGACGUGCGCUACAUUCUCCUCAACGGGUCCACAUUCGCUGUCAAGCCUAAUCUUUACGAUGCUCUCUUCCAGCUCCACAAGUCUUAUCCUCGGAUGCUAUUCUGGAUUGACGCCCUCUGCAUCAACCAAAACGACUUACAGGAGCGCAAACUUCAAGUUGGCAUCAUGGACCGAAUCUUUGGAGGUGCCAGUCGAGUGGUUGUCUGGUUGGGGAAACCUUCUGCUAAGCUUGAGCUAGGGCUCCAAGUUGCAGAACGCAUAGCUUGCGUCGCCUCCACAGCUUGCAAAGCCAUCGUUCGAGAGCAGAAGUAUCCCCAUACCCAUCACCUGGAAGAAAUGAAAGAGGCCUAUGGGCUUGACCCGUUGAGCUUCGAGGAGGCGGACUCGCUGCUUACGCUCUUUAGUUGCCGCUGGUUUGGGAGACAAUGGGUGAUUCAGGAAGUGGCCUUGGCGGGAGAGAUUGAAAUCAUAUGCAAUGAAAUGAGCGUCCCGUUUGACAAAGUCGGGUCGGCAGCAUUAUUCUUGCACCUGAGUGGCCUGCUUGUGGCAGUCGGUAACCUACUGGUCGCGGGUGGGAAAGACAUGCGCUUGUUGGAAGAUAUGCACCUCAUGCAGACCGGAAGGACUCAAGUAGUCCGUGAAUGGUGUAAAGGCGAUCGCAGUGAAUGGAGCGAUGUUUUGCCUCUGAUCGACUUUACAGCUGGAAUAGUCGAGAAUACUGUGGCUGUCGAUCAAAGAAAGGAGAGUAUAGUUGGCGUGAUUCUCCUAAAACUGCUUUUGUGGCUAGUUGGUUUCGAUUGUGGAGACCGUCGCGAUACUAUUUACGGACUGGCUGGUAUAAUCAGUCACGUUGUCAGCAUUCACGGUCUCGACAGCAUCCCCCAGAGACUCCAGCCAAAUUAUCGUCUCGAUACAGCCACCGUGCUCUACAAUGCGGCGACGGAGAUUCUGCAGGCGACUGGGAGUUUGGCUCUUCUGGGUGUUGUCAAGGACCCAGCUCUACGUGAGACCACAGGCUUACCAUCCUGGGUCCCAGAUUAUCCCCCGAGAAUGGCGUUGAACCCAAUGGCUGGACCAAACUUCAAGUCUCUGGGUAAGUUCGAUGCGUCGAGAUCUAUAGAUACAGCCAGGUAUGGUGUCGACUUCCAUAUAGAAGACAAGGUUCUACAUACUCGUGGCUUCUUCUUGGGUCGCGUUAAAGCCAUGGGCGAGUCUUUGAAACUCAUGGUUUCCGGUGGUAACUUCGCUCAGUGCGCUUCGAUGCUAGUCGACGCAGAGGAGACAUACCCCUUCACAAACCAGCCCUUCGCGGAGGCAUUCUGGCGAACAUUGGUGUUUGAUCAGGACUUAUCCGACCGCCCAGCCAAACUUCCCACUACCAAGCAUUUCCAAGAUAUGGUACUCAUGAUGAUGGCUAAAAGAAUCAGCGAUGAGUUCCAAUCUGGAGGAACGGAUGCUGUUAAGGCCUUUCUACAGACUCUGGAGUCUAUGGACACACUGGAAGCCAAACAUCCGAAACAAAGUCCCUUCCCCACAAGGAGGUUCCUAGCCUCAUUCUGCAGUGGGUUUGGUUUCCUACCUGAAGCCGGGGACGAUAAAUUAUGGGCAUCUGAACAGCGAAUGGCUUGGAUGGAAUUAAAGAAAAAUAACUUGGUGUUUAUGUUUUCCCUGUUGAGCACCACUCUAUUCAACAGGCGGCCAGCAAUGACGGAAGGAAGUUAUCUUGCUUGUGUUUUCGAGUCUACGAUGGUGGGCGAUGAGAUCUGGGUUGUUUCGGGAUGUCCCACGCCGCUGGUUUUGCGAAGUAAGGGUCAACAGUACAGUUUGAUCGGCGAGACUUAUGUUCAUGGUAUUAUGUAUGGCGAGGCUAUUCAUGCUAACAAUUUUGUUCGACUGGAAAUUAUAUAA